GAUUCAAGUUCGCAACUGAAAGGUUGCGUUUUAUGAGCAUCUUUGUCUCACUUGGAUCGUGAAUAGCGGACCCUCUUGUAACAGCCAGGCUUAGGCGCCGUUGCUUCUCAUCUUCCUUAACAAACACAGUGUUUUCUCUUUAUCUUUCUAUCUAAAUGGCCAAGCCUUCCCGCUCUAACUUCGGUGAGUAUACGUCAGACAAUUUGGCGCUUUCAUGAGUGUCGACAGUGGCCCAGGCAGUGACGCAGAAGAGCGAUUCCCUUACAUGCCAGCUAAGGAGAAGAAAACCCAUUUACAGUCGUCGACAGUUUGUCGCUACUAUGCGACUGGAAGUUGUCUGCGUGCUUCAGCAUGCCGUUUUGUGCAUCUGCAACCAUGGAGUGUCCCACAAGAGAAUGCUUAUUCCAACGAACAAGCCGUGCACACGAGAAUAUGUCGCUACUACGCCGCCGGACAUUGUCGACGUGGUUCAGCAUGCCAUUUUGUGCAUUCGCUACCGGAGAGUGCGCCACAAGGAAUACCGCCAUUAGUGUAUGCUUACCCCAGCAGACACGAGGUGCACACGAGAACACCACUCAAGGGGUGGGACCAAGACAGCGGCUAUAGUCGUGGCUACACAGCGUAUGCCAUAUACACAGUGGCCCCGCAUGUGGAACCAUACCGCUUCGACAUGAGGGGCGCUUUUGACAAUUCCAGCGAUGUCUCUUCGAACUCCAGCCCGUCUGAUCAGAGUUUGCAUGCCGCAUUCCAAGUCAUGACCAUCGAAGAACCUGUCUCUUCAGAAUAUCUCCCUUCUGCGUUCUCACAAUCCUCACCAAGCUUACAAUAUCCCAACAACGCGGGAACACGCUGUGGCAAUGUGGCAUACCCUGGUUACGAUCGAGGAUAUACUCUAACUGGUUUGAAACCUCGAGCCGCCACCCGCAGAAAAGCAGAGCAGGCGAAGGAGAAGCAAACCCUAUAUAGGACUAAACCUUGCAAAUUCUUCUCAGCACGCAAAACCUGUCCUAAGGGCAAUAAAUGCAGUUUUCAUGAUGUAGAGAAAAGUAAACCGGCAAAGAAAGCUGAUAAUCAGGCCCGUGAGACAGCGUCAUCUCACUUGCCUCCAAAACCGCAUUCACCUCAGGAAGAGGUCAAGGCACACGAUUAUUAUCCUAUUACCUGGCGAGUGAUUGGUGGUGGUGUAAUGAUGGGGCUACCUUGCAAGGCAUUCACAGCAGGCUACUGCCCCAACGGCAAUAAUUGCAAGCUGGCUCAUGAAACUGAGGCCUGGACUUCUGGUGAGUUUCUGAUCUAGUACCAUCCACGUGAAUUGCUCACUGAAGAACGGGGCUUGAGCAGAGAAUGGCAUUGUAGAACUUAAGACACAAACAUCGGCGACGUCUGUGGCAGUGCCAUCCUCUGCAAAGCAAUCGA